AUGGCGCAACAUUCGCUUCCGCCUGCAUACGGUGCCGCGCCCGGCUCUACCAACUUGCUUUAUGCUAAUACGCCAAGAGACAUGAAGGACUACGACCCGACCCUCCCUGUACAGCUACAAGUCCAGCACACGCCCUGGGAUCCCGCUGCUUCCGACCCUCACUCGCAUCACCACUCCACUUUCCAACAGCAGCGCCCUUCUCCAUACCCAUAUGAACCUCACCAUUCUUCCGAAGCCGACCCUAUGCGUGCAACAUCUGCCCACCAUCACCACGGUUCACAGCAUGCACACGUACAUCACCAUCCUUACAACACCCCUCCUCACCCCGCCGGUCCCAUGUACGCCUCGUCCUCGCGACAGCCCGAUAUGAACCACAGGCACGUCUCACGAGCUGCCUGUCUCUCUUGCCGUUCUGCAAAGCGCAAAUGCGAUGGUGCCAAGCCCAUCUGCGGGCCGUGUGCUCUGAGAGGCGUCAAGGACGCCUUCUCUCAGGAUGACGGCGGCUGCGUUUAUGUCGCCAGCAAACGCGGAGGCCCACGCUUCAAAGGCGUCAAGGGUGCCGAAGCGACCAAGCGCAAGCUCGAUGAGCGUGACAAGUUCGGCAAAGUCAGGGGCGCCAGAGACUCGAACAGCCACGACGACCUGCAAUCGCAAUCUCCGCCUGAUCUUGCAAUGCAUCAUCCUUCGUCCACAACGACUGCAACUUCUAUUGAUACCCACCACGCGCAUGCUCGUCACCAUGACACCGAACCUCAUCCAUCGUUUGCAUCUAUCGCCAGCGCAUCGGUCCCACUUGCCAACCUCGAUCUCUCGCGCGCGGGUCCCGACUUGCUCGGUGCCACCGCCGAAACUCUUCCUGUCAUGGACGAGUCGACGGAUGCCUUUUCGUUUGACCGUGAGAGAAAUGCGCUUACCACCCGCAGCCUGUUCCGGCCCGACUCGUCCGUUGGCGGCGGUCUCUUUGAUGACCUCUCGGCCACCAACUUUGAAUUAAUGCAGAAGCUUGCCACCAAUCAGGCAUCCGUUGGCCUCUCACUCGCCAACUUCUACCACAAACUUGAAGAGCUUCCCAAAGCUGGUGUGCUCGCCAUGUCUCACGUUGACGAGUUUGGUGGCAUCGAUAUCGAAAUGCCCCAGUCUCUCCUCGAGGAGAUCGAAACUGCCAACAAGUCGAGCGCCGCAGUCAACUCGGAGCGACAGACGCGUGCCCUGCUUCAGGAUUUCUACGAGCUCGUUUAUCCGGCGUGUCCCGUCAUGCUGCCGUCAGGCCACCUUUCGUCGCUUGCAUUCCACCUGUCCGAGGACGAGUCCUCUGCGCUGCUUGCCGCCAUAUCGGCCUGCGUAGCUCUGCAACUGCCUCAGGUCGAGGCAAGGCGCAUCGUCAAGGGUAGCCUCUUGUUCCACGAUCCCGACGACCACGAGACCAAGGCCGAGUUGCUUGACCUCGAGCACGCCUCUCGCGAGGAGAUUGCAGCCUACCAUGCCAAGUCGGCCGAAAAGUUGCUUCUCAAGAAGGUGGCUCUGUUGGCAAGAGCCUCUUCGUUUCCAAACGAGGCGGUCAAGGUGAUGGAAGCGACCAAGCUGCUGCCCAACAGCUCCGGCACUCCAGGCGGCGACAUCCAGCUCGUCAGGAUCAAGCUCGUCGCCACGCAUACGCUGCUAGCUCACUACCACUACGGCACUGCCAACAGCCGGCGCGCCUUCCAUCACGCCUCACAGGCAUGGAAUCAUGCGCAGGCUCUCAACUUGGAUUCCAGCGAGGCCGCAUCAACCGCUCCGUCAUGGUUCAGCCAUACACAAAAGUGCGAGUGGGCGCGCCGGGUCUACUGGACGUGCUACACAGCCGCCACCGUCAUGUCGUGUACCGGCGGUUUCAAGCCGCUUUCGGUGACUCGCGACAUGCCUUCGGAUCUCGGGCUUCUACCCAACCUUUUAGGCGAUCGAUCCAGCUGGAAGGUGCUCGUACGUGGCGCUCAGUUCGUCUCGAGGUCCUACGCGACUUUGUACGACCUCGACUCGUACAAGACGCGACCGGAGAACAAGGUGGCAGACCAAGCUCACCAGACGCGCGAGCAGCGACGAAAAUGGGAGACCAUCUUUGAACGUAUGCAAAAGGUGGACGCCGACGUGAUGCAGUAUGCACGUGCCGACCCUGUUUGGAGCGACGAGAGCUGCUUUGAGCCCAGCGUUGGUCUGUCGCGACGCACAGAGCAGUUUGAGGAGGAGAACGAGAUUCGACUCAGCCGAAGUCUGCGUGUCGCGGGUAAACUCAUGACGAGCGGAGCACUGGUCAUCCUUCACCGCGCUCAGGCGUUUGCCAACGCACGUAUCUUUGUAGCUCCAACAUGUGGUAUUCCUGGUGCUUGCGAGGACAACAGUGACACGGCUUCAGACACUGGCUCCCGAGUCAGGGGCGGCCCCGAUCGCCUAUGGCACCGCGAGGCGGAAGGACUCGCACCGUCGGGCAAGGCGGGGCAGGGCGAUGAACUGAGCAGCAGCCUGGAAGCAUCGGUCAACGCUAAGGUCUCUGCUUCGAGGUCGAUGCGGUCCCGAAGUGCGAGCAGCAUGAGCAGCAGCGGGGCGGGAAGCGUCUCAAAGAGUUUGGUCAGCUCGGCUUCGUCGGGCCCGGGAAGUACGAAUGUGACUUUUACCGCCUGCGGCAUUCCGGCCAAGUUCAACGGUGGGCCGUUUGAGCCAUACGAGUCGCUGGAGCGCUGCCGGUAUGCGGCGGGAGUCAUGUACCAGCAGCUGUCGCACAUCAACACAAGCACCUUCCGUCUCGGUCGACGCGAAUCCAUGGCGACUCUGCCGAUCGAAGCUGGUCACGGGCGCGAGAAGCGCGAGCAAUGGUCGGCACCUUCGCUACCGCCGUUUUCGGCAUGCUCGCUCGUGCUGGCUGCGUACGUAUUGCUUAUGGAGACUCUGCACGCGCAAAUUGCUGCCGGUCUGCAAGACGACUUGGAUCUUACGAACGCGGGCGAGCUCGACGAGAGCGAUAUGAGCGUGAACCAUCUCUCACCGAUCCUGGAGCCCAAUCCGCACCGCACGGCGUCGAUCCCGCCUCUGGCGGGUCGUCAAGCGUACAUGUUGGCGAUCAAGCUGAGGUCGUGCAUCUUGCAGAUCGAAGCAGCAUUGGAAAAGUUCAGCAGGGCUUGGGAGAUUGCCAAGGGCUAUGCGCAGGAGGUCAAGUUGCUGUUGGAAGUGAACCAGUCCUUGUUCUCUGGCAGUGUGGCGCAGAUCAAGUCGUAG